GGUUUCUUUUGGGGUCCGAUUUGUUUCCUAAUAUUUCUUCCAGAAACCACCGUUAAAAAAGACGAAGACGGAAAGACACAGAGCCGAAGAAGAACCGAAAGUCGAAAGAGGAGAGAAAGAGAGAGAGAAUCGGAGAUGGAAGACGAGCACGGUAGCAAUGGAAGCAGUAAUGGCCACGUGGAAAUUGGGAAAGCAGAGCGAUCGGUGUGGUUGAUGAAGUGCCCCUUAGUGGUGGCAAAGUCAUGGCAGUCUCACCCUCCUUCUGAUCCUCACCCUCUUGCCAAGGUCAUCGUUUCUCUCGAUCCUCUCCACGCCGACGAUCCCUCUUCCCGUCAGUUUACUAUGGAGGUGGCUGCUGUCGAGACAGGAAAUAAGCCGAAAAAUUAUUCCUUGAAUAUGUUCCAUGACUUUGUUCCUAUGUCCAUAUUCUCCGAAACAAAUCAAGGUAAGGUUGCUGUAGAAGGGAAGGUGGAACACAAGUUUGAUAUGACGCCCCAUAGAGAAAACAUUGAGGAGUAUGGAAAAUUGUGCCGUGAGAGGACAAACAAGUCCAUGAUAAAAAAUAGACAAAUACAGGUAAUUGACAAUGAUCGUGGAGUGCAUAUGAGGCCCAUGCCUGGUAUGGUUGGCUUGAUUUCGUCCAGUUCCAAGGAUAAGAAGAAAACUGCUCCAGUUAAACAAUCAGACAUGAAAAGAACUAGAAGGGAUCGUGGGGAACUGGAGGAUAUAAUGUUCAAGUUAUUUGAAAGACAACCAAAUUGGGCUUUGAAGCAGCUUGUACAAGAGACUGAUCAACCUGCGCAAUUCUUGAAAGAGAUCCUGAAUGAGCUCUGCGUAUACAAUAAAAGAGGAACCAACCAAGGAACUUAUGAGCUUAAGCCGGAAUACAAGAAAUCCGUUGAGGAUACAAAUGCUGAAUAAAAUCAUUUUUUUCUCUGUACCUUAAUACCCAUUCUCUCUUUGACAGGAAUAUAGAGAGAAAAUAAACUCGCUUAUAGGUGAUGAGGGAGCAAUUACAUGACACGAUCAACUAGUAUAGUUCAAGUAAUGGAAUAUUCAUGUUUGUUGCACCA